AUGCACCACAACCCCAACAGCUACUCCACCACCAUACCAUCUACUCCACCACUACAGCAGCUACUCCACGACCCCACCAACUACUCCACCACCCUACCAGCUACUCCACCACCCCACCAGCUACUCCACCACUACAGGAGCUACUCCACGACACCGCCAGCUACUCCACCACCCCGGCAGCUACUCCACCACCCCUCCAGCUACUCCACAACCCCACAAGCUACUCCACCACCACACCACCACCCCUCCAUCCACCACCCCUCCAUCUACUCCACUAACCCACCAGCUACACCACUACCCCACCAGCUACUCAACCAGCUCACUAGCUACUCCACUACUGUGCCAGCUAGUCUAUCACCCAACCAUCUAGUCCACCACCCUACCAUGUACUCCACCACCCUACCAUCUACUCCACUACCCCACCAGCUACUCCACAACCCCACCAGCUAUUCCACCACCCCAUCAGCUAUUCCACAACCCCACCACCCCACCAGCUACACCACCACCCCACCAAGUACUCCACCCCCACCAGCUACUCCACCACCCCACCAGCUACUCCACCACCUCCUACCAGCUACUCCAGUACCCCUAUCAGCUAUUCCAAAACCCUAUCAGCUAUUCCACAAGCUCCACCACAACCCCACCAGCUACUCCCACCACACCCUACACCACCAGCUACUCCUACUCCACCCUACCAACUAUUCCACCACCCCACCAGCUACUUCCACCACACUUCCACCAGCUAUUCAACCAUAUGCUACUAGCUACUACACCACCCAACCAGCUACUCUACUACUCCUACAAGCUACUUCCACCACCCCACCAGCUACUCAACAACCCAAACAUCCACCCUACUACUCCCACCAUUUCUUCCAUAACUUCCACCACUCCCACCAGCUACACCACCACCCUAUCAAGUACUUCCACCACCCCACCAGCUACUUCCACCACCCCAACCAGCUAUUCAACCAGCUCUACCAGCAACUCCACCACCCAACCAGCUACUUCCACCACUACAGCAGCUACUCCACUCACCCUCAGCCAGCUACUCCACCACUCCCACCAGCUACUCCACCACCCCACAAGCUACUUCCACCACCACCCCACCACCCUCCAUCUACUCCACCACCCCACCAGCUACACCACUACCCUACCAGCUACUCAACCAGACCACUAGCUACUCCAUUACUGUGCCAGCUACUCUAUCACCCAACCAGCUACUCCACCACCCCACCAGCUACUUCACCACCCCACCAGCCACUCCACCAACCCACCAGCUACCCCACUACCCCACCAGCUACUCCACCACCCCACCAGCUACUUCACCACCCCGCCAGCUACUCCAUAAACCCACCAUCUACGCCACCACCCAUCCAGCUACUCCACCAACCCGCCAGCUACUCCAACACUCUGCCAGCUACUCCAACACCCAACCAGCUACUCCACUACCCCACCAGCUACUCCACAACCCCAUCAGCUAUUCCACAACCCCAUCAGCUAUUCCACAAGCCCACCACAACCCCACCAGCUACCCCACCACCCCACCAGCUACACCACCACCCUACCAACUACUCCACCACCCCACCAGCUACUCCAUCACCCCACCAGCUACUCCAUCACCCUACCAGCUACUCCACUACCCCACCAGCUACUCCACAACCCCAUCAGCUACUCCACAACCCCAUCAGCUAUUCCACAAGCCCACAACAACCCCACCACCCUACCAGCUACUCCACCACCCCACCAGCUACUCCACCACCCCACCAGCUAUUCAACCAUCCUACCAGCUGCUCCACCACCCAACCAGCUACUCCACUACCCCACCAGCUACUCCACCACUCCACCAGCUACUCAACAACGCAAACAUCUACCCCACUACCCCACCAGCUACUCCACAACCCGACAAGCUACUCCACCACCACACCACCACCCUCAUCUAUCUACUCUACUACACCCCUACCAGCCAGCUACUUCCAGCACCACUACCACCCACCAGCUUCUCCACCAACCCACCAGCUACUCAAGAACCACACCACUACUCUAUCACCCAACCAUCUACUCCACCAUCCAUCCAGCUACUGCACCACCCCGUUAGCUACUCCACUACCCCACCAGCUGCUCCACAACCCCAACAGCUACUCCACCACCACCCUACCACCUACUCCACCACUACAGCAGCUACUCCACGACCCCUACAACUACUCCACCACCCUACCAGCUACUCCACCACUACAGGAGCUACUCCACGACACCGCCAGCUACUCCACCACCCCACCAGCUACUCCACAACCCCACAAGCUACUCCACCACCACACCACCACCCCUCCAUCUACUCCAUCACCCCUCCAGCUACAAUACUACCCCACCAGCUACUCAACCAGCCCACUAGCUACACCACUAAUCUACUUCACCACCCUACCAGCUGCUUCACCACCCCACCAGCUACUCCACCACUACACCAGCUACUCCGCAACCCCACCAACUACUCCACCACCCCACCAUCUACUCCACCACUCUGCCAGCUACUCCAUCACCCCACCAUCUACUCCACCACCCACCCAGCUACUCCACCACCGCAUCAGCUACUCCACCACCCCACCAGCUACUCCACCACCCUACCAGUUACUCCACUACCCCACAAGCUACUCAACCACCCCAGCAUCUACUCCACCACCCCACAGCUACUCCACCCCACCAGCUACUCCUGUACCCCACCAUCUACUCCACCACCCUACCAGUUACUCCACCACCCCACCAGGUACUCCACCACCCCACCAUCUACUCAACCAUCCCAGCAUCUACUUCACCACCCUACCAGCUACUCCACCACCCCACCAGCAACCCCACCACCCUACCAGCUACUCCACCAUCCCAGCUGCCCCUCCACCUCACCUGCUACCCAAUCGCUCUGCCUAA